GGCAGAACCCGCCUCUUCCUGCAUUUCUAUUGGUUCGCGUCCGCGGCCCCUAGCCAAUAGGAGACGAGUUCCUUGAUAGGUGUCAACAUGGCGCUGUCUAAGAACUGGAGCGAGAUUCUCCGAACCUCAUCUCGUCUCUAGCUCCAUUUUUUUUUUUUUUUCCCGCCCCACCUGCCCUUCAAAGCUGGGGGCCGUUGGCCUCGCCUCCUUAGAGUGAAAUCAUGAAGGUGGUGAACCUAAAGCAAGCCAUUUUACAAGCCUGGAAGGAGCGAUGGAGUGACUACCAAUGGGCAAUCAACAUGAAGAAAUUCUUUCCCAAAGGAGCCACCUGGGACAUUCUCAACCUGGCAGAAGCACUACUGGAGCAGGCCAUGAUUGGCCCGUCCCCCAAUCCUCUCAUCCUAUCCUACCUGAAGUAUGCUAUUAGUUCGCAGAUGGUGUCCUACUCCUCUGUGCUCACAGCUAUCAGUAAGUUUGAUGACUUUUCCCGGGACCUGUGUGUCCAGGCUCUGUUGGACAUCAUGGACAUGUUUUGUGACCGACUUAGCUGCCAUGGCAAAGCCGAGGAGUGUAUCGGGCUGUGCCGAGCCCUUCUCAGCGCCCUCCACUGGCUGCUUCGCUGCACGGCGGCCUCUGCAGAGCAGCUCCAAGAAGGACUGGAGGCCAGCACUCCAGUCACUGGGGAGAAGCAGCUUGCCUUGUGUCUGCAGUGCCUGGAGAAGACCCUCAGCAGCACCAAGAACCGGGCUCUGCUGCACAUUGCCAAACUAGAGGAGGCCUCAUUGCAUACAUCCCAGGGACUUGGGCAGGGUGGCACCCGAGCCAAUCAACCAACAGCCUCGUGGACUGCUAUUGAACAUUCUUUCUUGAAGCUGGGGGAGAUCCUGGCCAAUCUUAGCAACAUCCAGCUCCGGAGCCAGGCUGAGCAGUGUGGCACGCUGUUUAGGAGCAUCCCCACCAUGCUAUCUGUGCACUCGGAGCAGCUGCACAAGACGGGCUUCCCCACUGUCCAUGCUCUGGUCUUACUGGAAGGCACCAUGAACCUGACAGGGGAGACGCAGCCCCUCGUGGAGCAGCUGAUGAUGGCGAAGCGCAUGCAGCAUAUCCCCACCCCGCUUUUUGUUCUGGAGAUCUGGAAAGCUUGUUUUGUGGGCCUCAUCGAGUCUCCUGAGGGCACACAGGAGCUGAAGUGGACGGCUUUCACAUACCUCAAGAUUCCACAGGUUUUGGUGAAGUUGAAGAAAUAUUCUCACGGGGACAGGGACUUCACUGAGGAUGUCAACUGUGCUUUUGAGUACCUGUUGAAGCUUACACCCCUGCUAGACAAAGCUGACCAGCGCUGCAAUUGUGACUGCACAAACUUCCUCCUCCAAGAAUGCAACAAGCAGGGACUUCUGUCUGAAGCUAAUUUUGCCAACCUUGUGGCAAAGCGCACAGCAGAUCGGGACCCGCAGCUAAAAUCAUCAGAGAACGCUAACAUCCAGCCGAACCCUGGGCUGAUCCUCCGGGCAGAGCCCACUGUCACAAACAUCCUCAAGACAAUGGAUGCAGACCACUCCAAGUCCCCAGAGGGGCUACUAGGGGUCCUGGGACACAUGCUUUCUGGAAAGAGCUUGGACUUGUUGCUGGCUGCUGCUGCUGCCACUGGGAAGCUUAAAUCCUUUGCCCGGAAAUUCAUCAAUCUGAACGAGUUCACGACCCAUGGCAGCGGAGAGGGCACCAAAACAGCCUCUGUUCGUGCCUUGCUUUUUGAUAUCUCCUUCCUCAUGUUGUGCCAUGUGGCCCAGACCUAUGGCUCAGAGGUGAUUCUCUCCGAGUCGAGCUCAGAAGCAGAAGUGCCUUUCUUUGAGACCUGGAUGCAAACCUGCAUGCCUGAGGAGGGCAAGAUUCUGAACCCUGACCACCCAUGCUUCCGGCCUGACUCCACCAAAGUAGAGUCCUUAGUGGCCCUGCUCAACAACUCCUCGGAGAUGAAGCUAGUGCAAAUGAAGUGGCAUGAAGCCUGCCUUAGCAUUUCAGCGGCCAUCUUGGAAAUCCUCAAUGCCUGGGAGAAUGGGGUUCUGGCCUUCGAGUCCAUUCAGAAAAUCACCGACAACAUCAAGGGAAAGGUAUGCAGUCUGGCCGUGUGCGCUGUGGCUUGGCUUGUGGCCCAUGUCCGGAUGCUGGGGCUGGAUGAGCGUGAGAAGUCUCUGCAGAUGAUCCGCCAGCUGGCGGGGCCUCUGUACAGUGAGAACACCCUUCAGUUCUACAAUGAGAGGGUGGUGAUUAUGAACUCGAUCCUGGAGCACAUGUGUGCAGACGUGCUGCAGCAAACUGCCACGCAGAUCAAGUUCCCGUCCACGGGGGUGGACACGAUGCCUUACUGGAACCUGCUGCCUCCGAAGCGCCCCAUCAAGGAGGUGUUGAUGGACAUCUUUGCUAAGGUGCUGGAGAAGGGCUGGGUGGACAGUCGCUCCAUCCACAUCCUCGACACCCUGCUUCACAUGGGGGGCGUCUACUGGUUCUGCAAUAACUUGAUUAAGGAGCUGUUGAAGGAGACCCGGAAGGAGUAUACGCUGCGGGCAGUGGAGCUGCUGUACUCCAUCUUCUGUCUGGACAUGCAGCAAGUGACCUUGGUCUUGCUGGGCCAUAUCCUGCCUGGCUUGCUCACUGACUCCUCCAAGUGGCACACCCUCAUGGACCCCCCUGGCACUGCACUGGCCAAGCUAGCUGUAUGGUGUGCCCUGAGUUCUUACUCUUCCCAUAAGGGACAGGCGUCUUCCCGCCAAAAGAAGAGGCACCGGGAAGACAUUGAGGAUUACAUCAGCCUUUUCCCUGUGGAAGACAUGCAGCCUUCAAAACUGAUGCGACUCCUCAGCUCCAAUGAGGAUGAUGCCAACAUUCUGUCGAGUCCCACUGACCGGUCCAUGAACAGCUCUCUCUCGGCCUCCCAACUCCACACAGUCAACAUGAGGGACCCUCUGAACCGAGUCCUAGCCAACCUGUUUCUGCUCAUUUCCUCCAUCCUGGGCUCGCGCACGGCAGGCCCCCACACCCAGUUCGUGCAGUGGUUCAUGGAGGAGUGUGUGGACUGCCUGGAGCAGGACAGCAGGGGCAGCAUCCUGCAGUUCAUGCCCUUCACCACCGUGUCGGAGCUGGUGAAGGUGUCUGCUAUGUCUAGCCCCAAGGUGGUUCUGGCCAUCACCGACCUCAGCCUGCCCCUGGGCCGCCAGGUGGCUGCCAAAGCCAUUGCUGCCCUCUGAGGAGCUUGGAGUGGUCUGGUGGGGGUCUCAAUCUAGGGACGCAAGGAGGGAUGAGCCUGCUUUGCACACCUCCAGUGGUUUGACACCGUCCCCCAUUCCUGCCCUCCGGUUUCCACAUCUCCCUUCUGCCAGACCCUGAAGGUCAUGAGCAGCCCAGUGGUCAUACCCCACAGGAAGGACGUGUCAGAUCCAUAGUGGAUAAUACAUAUUUGUAACUCACAAGAGGAGUUCACCUCAGUGCACUUGUAAAUAAAGGUUCUUGACCAUAA